AUGAACGUGGGUAAGACCUCCCUGCUGCACCGCUACAUGGAGAGGAGCUUCCAGGAGACCGUCAGCACGGUCGGCGGCGCCUUCUACCUGAAGCAGUGGGGGCCCUACAACAUCUCCAUCUGGGACACGGCAGGCCGGGAGCAGUUCCACGGCCUGGGGUCCAUGUACUGCAGAGGGGCAGCUGCUGUGAUCCUCACCUACGACGUGAACAGCCCGCAGAGCCUGACAGAGCUGGAGGAGAGGUUCCUGGCCCUGACAGACAGCGCCAGCGCCGACUGCAUCUUCGCCAUCGUCGGCAACAAGGUCGACCUGGCCGAGGGCCGCGCCUCCCCCCCGGGGCAGAACAGGGCUGAGAAACCCCCUGCCAGCUCUGCCCCCAAGGGGCACAGACAAGUGCGGGCAGAAGAUGCCAUCGCCCUCUAUAAAAAGAUCCUGAAAUACAAAAUGCUGGAGGAGAAGGAUGUCCCAGCAGCGGAGAAGAUGUGCUUCGAGACCAGCGCCAAAACGGGCUACAAGGUGGACCAGCUCUUCGAAACUGUCUUUGAGAUGGUGGUGCCCAUCAUCGUCAGGCAGAAAGCUGAGGGGCCACAGCAGACUGUGGACAUCACGGACUACAAACCAGCCAAAAGAACAAAAUCUGGUUGCUGUGCCUGA